UCUGAUCGCCAGAGCUUUUUUUUCGUGGCGGACUGCUGCUGGAUUUUGGGAGGAUUUUUUUCUAAUUUGGAUUCCCCACUGCGCAACCCAGGCGGAUCACGUGGGAGAAGUGAGAUUGAUCGAACUGCACAAAUAUAUAUGUGCACAGAAAUACAAGGAUCAGCAAAAUAAUUUUAGUCUGUUUAAAAAAAAAAAAAAAAAGGACGGAAGGACCCGAGAAAGAGCGGCGGAUUGGGGGGAUAUCUCCAGCGAAUCGUUUUUAUGUCUGUUUAAAAUGGAGACGCACAUUUCGUGCUUGUUCCCGGAGAUUUUAGCUAUGAUCUUCAGUUAUUUGGACGUAAGGGACAAAGGCAGGGUGGCCCAAGUGUGCGCGGCGUGGAGGGACGCCGCUUAUCAUAAAUCGGUGUGGCGAGGAGUGGAAGCCAAGUUGCACCUCAGGCGGGCCAAUCCUUCGCUCUUUCCCAGCUUGCAGGCCCGGGGGAUCAGACGGGUGCAGAUUCUCAGCUUGAGGCGCAGUCUCAGCUACGUGAUCCAGGGGAUGCCAAACAUUGAGAGCCUCAACCUUAGCGGAUGCUACAACUUGACUGACAACGGCCUUGGACACGCUUUUGUGCAAGAGAUCCCAUCCCUCCGAGUACUCAACCUGAGCCUCUGCAAACAGAUCACCGACUCCAGCCUCGGCCGCAUCGCCCAGUAUCUCAAAAAUCUGGAGGUCCUGGAACUCGGUGGCUGUAGCAACAUCACCAAUACUGGUUUGCUGCUAAUCGCGUGGGGCUUGCAUCGACUCAAAAGCCUCAAUCUGCGGAGUUGUCGACAUGUGUCUGAUGUGGGCAUCGGACACCUGGCAGGCAUGACGCGAAGCGCUGCCGAGGGUUGCCUCAACCUGGAAUACCUGACCCUGCAGGACUGUCAGAAACUGACGGAUCUUUCCCUCAAACACAUCUCCAAGGGUCUGGCUAAGCUCAAGGUCCUUAAUUUGAGCUUCUGUGGGGGCAUCUCGGACGCUGGCAUGAUCCACCUGUCCCACAUGAGCAGCCUGUGGAGCCUGAACCUGCGAUCCUGCGACAACAUUAGCGACACCGGCAUUAUGCACCUAGCAAUGGGAACACUGCGACUUUCGGGCCUCGACGUUUCUUUCUGCGACAAGAUCGGUGACCAGAGCUUGGCCUACAUCGCCCAAGGUCUCUACCAGUUGAAGUCGCUUUCCUUGUGCUCCUGUCACAUAAGUGACGACGGGAUCAAUAGGAUGGUGAGGCAGAUGCACGAGCUGAGGACCCUAAACAUCGGCCAGUGCGUGCGGAUUACGGACAAAGGGCUGGAGCUGAUCGCCGACCACCUUACUCAGCUCACUGGCAUAGAUCUGUACGGGUGCACCAAAAUUACGAAGCGGGGGCUCGAAAGAAUAACGCAGCUCCCUUGCCUUAAAGUUUUGAACCUUGGACUCUGGCAGAUGACCGAGAGCGAAAAAGUGAGGUGAAAUUUAGCAGACAGGCGGGAGGGAAGGAAGUGGGCUGACACACUUUUAAAACAAUGGCGACCACUGGGAGAGAUCUCUAUUUUGGACUUCUUUAAAGUUCCUUUUUAAGUACUUUUUUUAUUUUUCAAAAAAGGCAAAGAUCUCUUACAUUGUAAAGCGCAAAUUUCAAAGUAAGGUUAGAUUUUUGUGCAUUCGUGCCUGUAAUUUACCACAAGAAAUGGCAGAUAAGUUGCAGUAUUCAAAAGGAAAAUAACCUGUAUUUGCUUGUAGCUAAAACAUAAUCUUUUCUCCCCUCAAAUAUAAACAAGUCUCGGUGGGGAAAGGAAAAAAAGUGCAUUUUAGGCUACCUCGUUUAUUUUUUAAUUUCAAUUGUAAUCCCUGCGGUUCCCUUUUUUCGUUUCUUUUUUUUUUUUUUGUUGUUUUAAGACUGACAAAUUGUGCCUCGACUGAAACGGAAUCCCCUCCCCCAUGGCACGGACAGAGCGGUAUGAGAUCAGAAGUUUUUUAUUAUUAUUUUAAUUGAUUGCUCGGUUUAAAAUGCAGUUUUGUAUUUAAACACUGGCCAUUUCAAAUAGCAAAUGAGGGGGGAAGAGUUUAUGCAAAGACGGAAAAAAAGCAAAAGAGCGAGACCGUGACAGCGUUGAGUUACAAAGGCUUUUUUGUUUCGCGACAACCGCAAGGCCUCGAAGCCUUUAAUUCAUGCUUUGAAUGAUAUCGAGGCUGUUCAGCUGUAUUUUUUGCUUAUGUGAGCAGAUUUUAUAAUUAAAAGCUGUAAUUCAAAGCUACAUACUUCAAAUUGAAGUGAUUUUUUGGGGUUUUGUUUUCAGUAAAAAAGGCCCGUUUGCAGUCAGUCGUUUCUUCAUCACCGAGUGACUCCAUUUGAAUUGACGGUUCGAAAUCUCGGAGGGAAAAUGUUAAAAAAAAAAAAAAAGAGAGAGAGAAACUGGAGAGGAGAACACGAGGAAUGGGGGUAUUUAUCUGGAAGAAGAAAUGAUUGUUUUUUUUAGAAUAACUAGUAAAAUGCCUGUCAGGCCUGUGUUACUGUGUUAUUGAUCUGCAACAGCCAAGUCCUGCUGAAAAGCUACUGUAUUGAGUUGUACUGUAUGUGAAUUUGUAAAGAAAACGCAACAAAAAAGCCAAACAAAAAAAGAAAACAAAUUCUUUUUAUAUUCUUACAGUAAACCUUUAAAUCUGAUAUUUAUAUAAUAAAGACGGGAAAUAUGAAGUAUGUUUUGGAGAAAAA